GGAUGACGGACGUCCAGGUGAACCCGGGCAAGGACGUCGCCGGCGGCAGGUUGCAGCAGAGCGAGGCGUCCGCGGCGCAGCAAACAGGUAAGGGCAGCAGAAUUACGUCCGAGCACCCUCAGGGGCGUCAGCGCGCAAGCGAACACCGAAGCAAAGUCUCGACUCCCUCAAGAAAAUGGAUAGCACAUCUAUUUCCCACUUCCUUUCGUCUCUCCGCGGAGAGGAAACGCACCGAUCGAUCUCGCGAACGGCACGUCCCGCCGACGAGAUGCGGCGACUCCGAGACGCGACUGCACUCGUCGGGGUCGGUCUGCUCGUGCGAUAGCAUCGUGGCCGAGGCAUCCACGGCGAGGGGCUGGUAACCGCCGGAUGAAUGGCCGAACUGUUUUCAGAUCGGAGAAAAGUUCGGCCUUCGCGCGAGCGAAUAGCGAUCUGCCGUGCGAUAACUCUGAGACGAGGUAAUACGAGGCGCGAGAUGAGCGAUUGACUGAGGAAAGCUGCGCCAACAACGUCUCGCGAAUGCGUCGAAAGCGGCUCGAGGCGCCGUCAAUCGCAUUCACGCCUCAAAGAGGCUUUUCCGCGCCGGCAUAAUCGGCUUUUAUCGUCAAACCGCGCCGGAAUAUUUGCAAUCGCGUCGUUUCAUUUGCAUUCUAAGACCCGCUUCGAGAAACUACGACAGAAUAAUCAAACUUAAUAAUAGACCCGUAGUGAAAUUUUAUACAACUGAUCGGUGUAUGGAAAUUUUCACGCUAAAAUGCUUUUAGGUCUAGUUGAGAUAUUUCAUAAAAAGGAGAAAGCUGUCUGACUUAAUUGAUUUUGAAUUGUUGAAAUUACAUCCAGUAUUGCGUACAAAUAUUUCACGAUGAUGCUUCUAGCAUUUAAGAAAAACGUCGAAUUAUUAUAAAAGAAAUAACAUAUUUUUUUAAUAUUAAUAUGCGAAUUAAGGUUUUCUGACAUCGAAUUACAUUAAAUCGUAUCUUUUAAUUAACAACAUAAACGAAGAAUUUCCAACAAAAAUCAAACAAUAUAGUAAACGUCAUUGUUGGAACAGGAAAGUGCGCGGAGUUCUCAGAUUCUCUCCCUUCUGAAUGAGCUCCUCCCACCCCGAACGUACUAAAACAGCCGUGCCCGCGACGCAUUAAGGUAAUAACAGCGGAAUUGAAAUGACCGCGUGCAAGGGUGCGUCUCUGACUUUGUUCACGCUAGCAAAUAUUACGUGCGAGAGAUAAACUGAACACCAAGACCUGGCUCGGCACGAAAGGGGGCGGCGGUAAUUGAGACGGGGCAGGUCGAGGUGUAUUGGUGAGCUCCGUAGAGACAUCGGAAAAUGACGGGAACUACACUCUCACCUCGCGAUCAUCGAACGAUCAAGUGAUCGAACAAAAGGUGUAGUUUGUAUUUGAAAGGAGCCUUUAUCUCCUUACUGGUAAGCAUCGGAGCGACGACGUCUGUAGUUCGUUGGACCGCGUCCCAAUCGUUAAAAAUUUGGCACGCUUGCUCUAUCGAGAAUCCGCAGCGGCCGGGGGUGUGCAGGUCGCGGUGAACGUCCCCCGGAAGGAACGGCACGUAUAAUCUUCCGCAAAACGAACGUUGCUGAUUCUGCCAAAGUGUCUCGCAGCCGUACAGUCGCGUGUCUCUUGCUCAAGCCUUAAAUAAAUAAAGGAAAAUAAAUAUCAAUAGAGUUCCGGCACACAUAUGACAUUCUCGCGACGUAGACAUCACAUAGGCUCGCCAAAUCUUUUUGGCACCCCUUGGAUGCAGGUAUCUGUAUUGUAGGACCGCGUCGUCUCGAAAAACUGCGUGGAAAAGCCAAUUACGUGGCAAAAGGGAGCGGGCGGGGGGAGGGGGGGCACGCGCGAGACGUACAUAAUUUAUCGAUAGAUUGUCUCUGUCUCGCGGAUCCGCCUUGUACAUAGAGCAGACUGGCAUGGUCGAGUGGUAGUGCGCAGGGUAAGGUUGAGUCCGGCUGGGCGUUGGAGCGCAGGAGCAGAGGAAACGGCAGGACGGCAAACGGACGGCAGCGGCCUGACCGAGCGAGCUCCGGUUACGUUCUUUGCCGAGGAGGCUCUCCCGCAGGGUAUCGCGCGCGCGAGCGUAGUGACUCACGAGCCGGCGUAAGUCGAGGUAGGCUCGACGAAAGUGAAACCGACGACACCAGGUAAGCCGAACGCUUUCCAAACGGGGCCGGGCCGCGACGUCGUCGACGAAAAGCCCAACAAGAGCUCCUCUCUGCGUCUCUGUCCGCAUUUCAAUCGCCGUUUUGCGCGUCUGAAAAAAAUCGUCACGGGACGAGAAAUCGGUUUUUGUCCGCGAACUCCGCCUCGUCGCUCCCUCCUUCGACGGGACAUUUUGAUUUUAAUUGUCGGCCGCCCGGAUGUACGGACGCUCAAGGCGCGAUGAUGAUGUCUUUGACCGGGUAAUUAAGCGCAACAGUUAAAGAGCUUCAUUCGAGAGUUCGAAAGCCGGACGACACGUUGAAUAACGGCAGCCGUGCGUUACUUUCCGACCCCCAAGUAGCCACGCGUUAAAAGUGACGUAAGCGUGUAUCGUGUACGAGCGCAGGAGAGAUAGUCAUUGGAGUAACGCAAGAGCCGCGCUGUCACACAGUCGCCGUUCAAUCAUCGUGGUUUACGGGGAACCAUAUUGUUCAAGGCGUGAUUGAGGUAGAUCCUAUAAGAGUACGCGAAAGAAAUCGAUAUGGACUCGCAGGGAACCACGAACAGUGUGGCCGAAUCUGCUUCGGCCCACGGAGAAACUAUGGUGAAGCCAAACGUUCCCUUACCACCGCAAGGAUUUCAGGCGCGACCGCAAGGUCCACCUCCGUCUCCUAGAAAUUCGAUAAAUAAUGGUCCCGUAGGCGCACCUCGACCAGGACCACCAUUACGGCGAUUGGACAGCCGUUCUUCUCUAGGUCCGCCGCCAGCCUCGGGUCAGUUCGUUCAGCUUAGGCCUUACGGUCCACCGAGGCCACCGGGGGGCUCUUUCCCACCAAGGUCACCGCAGCCUGGCCAGUUGCCCUUGCAGAAUCCACUACCAUCCCCGCAUCAACGUUUCGUGUAUUCCCCGGGGAUUCGAGGUCCUCCGCCGCAAGGAGCAGGAGGUCAACGGCCACCCUUCGUCGUUAAUCAACAGGCGUAUCAGGUGCAGCAGCAGCAGCAGCAGCAACAACAGCAACAACAGAAUCCACGAUUUCAGCGCCCAGACGUCACACCUCCUCAGAACGAACCACGACGACCCAGUCAAGAAUCCGUAUUCCCGCGACCGUUGCUGAGAAAUGACUCGUUGUUGAGUCUGCAACGACAGCAGCUUUUGUCAAACGAGGAGAUCAAGCAACCAACCCGACCGCGCAUUGUCAUCGAGAAGAUGGCGGAUAUUAAUGAGACCGGCGUUGAUAAACCGGAGGGUUAUCUGCAGAGAAAGAAGUCCGACGUACGCGAAAACGGCGAGAACGACGACGACGACGAUGUCGUGAUGGAUGACAAGAAGUCGCCGCGACACGAUGGCAGUGGUGCCCCCGAGGGACUGGUGAACGGCUCUAAAUCGCCUUCAAUCCCGAAGAAACUCGAUGAGACUGGUGGACCUGCGAGCCGGCCGGGAACGGCUACCGUCGAGGAUAAAGUAGAAAAAAUGGAGAACAAGCGAGACGUACCCUCAAGGCCAAUUUCUGCUAACGAUGAUGACACGGCGACGCUCAUUUCUCAAAGUGGCCUACCUUCCGCAGUAAAUAACGAUAAGGAAGAAAAAAGGGAAGAGCAAUUCACUGGUGGACCGCCAUCGAGCAAAGAGAUCAACGAAAUGAAACAGUCCAGUAGUCCAUACAAUGACAACAACGCACUCGAGAACGUCGAACAGAGUUUGAAGACUCCCUCGAAAUCUUCGGACAAUUCGCGAUCUGCCACUCCGUCUUAUCUGAACGCGCCUCAGAACGCGGAACAAGACGGGAAUUCAGAUAAAUCGCGUUCCAGUACUCCAGCCCGACUGGAACCGCCUGGAAACGCGGAACAGGAAUCGAGAACACCGGAGUCGAAGUCGCCAGAUAAGUCGCGUGCGAGUACCCCAGGUUCGCAGUUGGCGCCGCCGUCCCCGAAUGCGGAGAGAGAGCCGGAAGCCGCGGCGAGAACGCCCAACAGGUCACGCUCGGGUACACCUCGAACUGGAAUGGAAUCGGGCAACGACGAGGCCUCUACGGAGCUGAACAAACCCUCCGAGAAUCCGCCUCGCGACAAAUCCGCCGACAACACUCUGCGGGUGAAAGACUCCAGCAGACCAGCGUCGUCGCUGAGUUCGACGAGCGACGCAGGCGGCAAAUCACCGAGAUCACCGAGAUCGCCCGAGGGUGUAAGGGGCUUCGACAACGGGCAAGAGAGAACGCUGUCCGCCGGUGGUAGUCCCCGAUUAUCGAAUUCACCGAAAUCGUCGGCUGAUAGCAAGAAACAGACAGACGACGAGAUGAAGAUAACGUCCAUCGUCGAAGGCGGCACCGAUGAAAAAGCGGACAAGACAUCGGCAGCGAUGUCGAAGCCCACCACUCUAACAGUUAAAACACCACGCACGCAAACACUGGAUCGCGAGAAGAAAACUGCGGAGAAAAAAGCGAUCCAAAACGGUAGAGCAAGAGAAGUUAGCGGGGCAAGGAGUACGAAUGGAGAUUCCGACAAAAGAUCGAACGCUGGAUCGCCUACGAAAUCCGCUAAAUCAUUACCGCGAACUCCCGACACACCUACCGCGCAAGAGAAAAAAAAGCUGCCGAUGAAUAAAGUUCAAGUCGGCGCCGCGCCUUCCCCGAACUUGAAGACUGUACGAUCGAAGAUCGGUUCUUUAGACAACGCGAGUUACAAGCCGGGCGGUGGUAAAGUAAAAAUUGAGAACAGAAAGGUCGACUUCAGCAAAGCGCAACCGAAGAUCGCCGCGAAGAAUGAGAAAUACGCGCCCAGUGGUGGCGACAAAAAGAUCUCCCAAGUGAAACUUCAAUGGAAUGCCAAGUCCAAAGUGGGCUCCUUGGAAAACGCAACUUACAAACCGGGCGGCGGUGACAAGAAGAUCGAAACAGUAAAACUCGACUUCAAGGACAAGGCAAAAUCAAAAGUCGGAUCCAAAGAUAAUGAGAAGCAUGUUCCUGGCGGUGGCACCGUCAAGUCCGCAACUUCGCCAAAAACACCGAAGGAAACGAAGAACAACAUCCCGACGCAAAAAAUAGACAUCAAGGCCGAAAGCAAAAUCGGUUCAUUGGAUAACGUGAAGCACAAGCCGGGGGGUGGCGACAAAAAGAUUUUCAACGACAAAGAUUAUCUGCGGCAGGCGAGUUCUAACGUUGAGAGCGUGAACGGCAGCGGGUCUCAGAGCCCCGUGCCCUCCGGCGCCGAUUCCGGCAAGAAUGGCCUGCCAGCCUCGGACGAGAACCUGAACCAGGAAUGCUAGGUCAUGAAAAGUCGGCCGAUAGACCCGCUUUAAUUAUAAUCAUUUGCAUGUGAUUAAUCACGUUUAUCCAUCUAUCCCCCCCCCCUUUGGAGGACGUACGAGCGCUGUCCUCGCGCGAUCGGGAGAAACAGAUCGAGGCGUAUGUAUGAAACACCUCGACAAAAUAAAACAAGGAGCAAUCGAUAUCUCGCGUCUACGCAAGCGAUAAAAUUUGCGCGGCGGACGAAUUAAAUCGACGAGCGGGACAAUAUACGUUAUCACGUUGGUUUGUUUUAUCGAGUAUCUACAAGCGCGAGGCUCCCGCGUAUCUCACCGCGCGCGGAUUCACAACGGUUUUAGUUAUCUUUAAAGAGAUAAAAUUGCCGAAAUACAUCAUGCGUGACAACACACCCUCUGUCCACGUAAAACACAUAUUUACGUAAUUAUGUAAGUACGCAAUAAGUAAAGCACGGAAGAGAAAGGAGCAAAAGAACUGAGGAAAAUAUUUCACUUUACUUGAAUAUAAUAGGUGAAGAAAAAAAUUUGGGGAAAUAUAAUUUCCACGCGCAUGGAAGCUCUUUGCCUUUUUAAGCGAUAACUUUCUCUAAUCGGGGAUUAUAGACUGUAAUCCUGUCACGGCUCGUCUUUGCAAUUUUUUAAAUCAUGGUAACGACGUUUCUCAUGCGCCCAAGUUACAUGGAUGUUAACAUUUGCGAACUAUUUCGACUUUUGAUACGCAUUUGUGCCAUAAUCGACAUUAUCGGUGUAUUAUGAACUGUAAUUUAGCUUUUCCAUAUACGCAAAUUUAAAUCUGUUUUAUUGCAUCAUAAUACGACAUAAUCGCUUAAGAAGUUAAGCCAACGAUGCGCGUGAAGGCAACAAACGUAUCGAUGGAGAGAACGAAGCAAAUUAUAAAUGUCUUCGAAUCCCUUAUCGUCGAUUCUGUAGACGACACGAGUGUAACGUCAUAAUUUAAUUUUUAAUUGUCGCUAAUCGUAUUGAUAAUUUUGCAAAAAUUGCAAAACUGUGUCUAUUAUGAUUAUAUAAUUUAUCUAGCCAGCAUCUUAUUCGCUUUCGCAUACGUAGGAGUUUCCAAUGAAAGUACAAAAGUCACACAUCUCCGUGCGUAAAUCAUUGUAAACGUGUGCACCGAAGGAAGUAUCGUCGCGUCCUCUUAGGGGGAAUAUACAUUAGACAAGCGCGCGUACAUUAAUUUCCGCAUGAGGAGGUCACAACAAUCCCUCGACAUCGUACGUUGCAUUUCAUCGGAGUCACAUCGUCGGAGGGGAGCGACAACCCGAAAUAGUCGAAUCACGAACGAUGCGCAGUUUGUCGUUCGUGUGCGAGCGAUUUUCGAUUUCCGAGGAAACGGAAGCACUACGCGGGCAGCAAUCUCGAUCGACACGGACGGGUAGUUAGGGGGCCCGAGCGUUACAACUGGCGUCGAUCAAUCGUGGAUAACUUGGUGCUUAGCGCACCGUAUCCGCAUCGCAGGAUCGCGCGGAAGGCUCGCGAGGUCGUUGUACAUCUCGAAACUUUGCGCGCGGAUUUAGCAGUCAUUCGGGAUUACGCUCGGUGCAGCGCGAAAGACACGGGAGAAGAAAAUUUUCAGUAGAGCCGUGUGACGCGCAGGUGAUCCGCGUUCACGCGAGAUACCCGUCAGAUACAUCGGAACAGAACAUACAAGGCAUUCGUAAACCUUAUUGUAGAUACGUAAUCGACACACACACACACAACACAUACACAUUGCAUCCCAUGAAUACAUACACAAAAUAACACGAAAAGGAGCAUCGGGAGAUGAUGGAGUGUCCGUCAACGAAAGGGAGAGAUCGAUGCGAUGGAGAAUGCGUGCACGCGGCCACGCCAAAAAUAAAAAUCUCUCACUUACGUCACUACACUACCUUAGGUACCUCGUGCAAUUUACACAUCGCUAAAAAGAGAGGGGAAAAAGAACAGAGAGAAAGAAAGAGAAAGAUAGAGAGAGAGAGAAAGAGAGAGAGAGAGAGGGGAGAUAUAUAACACAUUAUUUACACUGUAUUGCUUCCACGUGGAUUAUUAAGAGAUAAUUUGAUUCAAUUAACGUACUGCGAUAUUUCACGAAGAGAAUGAUAAUUAACGUUUAGAUCCUUGUAAUUGUCACAAGUUACCACUUCGUACGAACGCAAUAGUGUAACGGCGCGCCCGCAGCGCGUCCUGGAUAUAGGAUCGCUUUGGAGAGGCAUUACACACAAUAAUAUUUUCGUUUUUAAAUUUA